UCUAUACUUUGACUUCUUAACAGAUCCAUCUCUCCGUAUCUCUUCAAAGUUCCUCUGUUUCACGUUACCGGUGAUAACAUUAGUCUGGAGUUCUUGAAAGAUAAAUCGAUGGAGAACGAAUCUUUCUCUGCAACCAAACAGACAAUUCCCCUUCUCAAACCAUUCUCAAUGAGAAGCUUCAAUCUUUCUCACAGAAUAGUUAUGGCGCCGAUGGCGAGAAUGAGAUCAUACGGUAACGUUCCACAACCUCACGCCGCCUUGUAUUACUCUCAGAGAGCAACGCCGGGAGGUCUUCUCAUCAGCGAAGCCACCGGAAUUUCCGAAACCGCCAUGGCGUAUCAAAACAUGCCAGGGAUAUGGAGGAAAGAACAAGUAGAAGCAUGGAAGCCCAUCGUUAACGCCGUUCACUCUAAAGGCGGCUUUUUCCUCUGCCAGCUUUGGCACGCUGGUCGCGUUUCUCAUCGAGGUUUCAAAACAAAACGCUUUAAGAUUCUGAAAUCGUUGACCAUGUUUCUUGUGAAUCAAGGUCUCUUAUAUUUAGUAGAUUGUCAGCCAAAUGGGGAAGCUCCGAUCUCAUCUACGGAUAAGCCUCUCGCCGCCGAUUCAUCGAAUGAGUAUACACCUCCGAGACGGCUAAGGACCGACGAAAUCUCCACCGUUGUUAAUGAUUUUCGUCUCGCUGCAAGAAACGCAAUCGAAGCUGGAUUCGACGGAGUAGAGAUCCAUGGUGCGCACGGGUACUUGAUCGACCAGUUUAUGAAAGACACGGUCAACGAUCGAACCGACGAAUACGGCGGGUCGCUAGAGAAUCGAUGCAGAUUCACACUGGAAGUAAUCGAAGCGGUGACGAACGAAAUCGGAGCUGAUCGAGUCGGAAUCAGACUCUCACCGUUCGCCAAUUACAUGGAAUCUGGAGAUUCAGAACCACAAAAGUUGGGGAUUUACAUGGCAGAGUCUCUGAAUAGAUUCGAGAUACUCUACUGCCACAUGGUUGAGCCGAGGAUGAAAACAGCCAGUGAGGCUUUCGAGUGCACGGAAUCGCUCACGCCGAUGAGAAAUGCGUUCGAGGGAACGUUCAUCGUCGCCGGAGGUUAUACGAGAGAAGACGGGAACAAGGCGGUGGCGGAAGGCAGAACCGAUCUUGUGGCGUACGGAAGACUGUUCUUGGCUAAUCCAGAUUUGCCCAGAAGAUUCCAACUCGAAGCGCCACUGAAUAAAUACGACAGAACAAGUUUCUAUACUUCUACAGAUCCUGUCGUGGGCUACACUGAUUAUCCUUUUCUCGAGACCGCAGAUUAAUAAAAGUGUCUGUCUUCUUCUUUUACUUUCCACUUUCUGUUUAUGUAGUGCAAAAAAAUUGGUUACAAUUAGAUUUGUAAAAUCUGAUGAACAAAAGAAUGUUUCAUCAUAUUCGGAACAAAACAAACACAUU